AUGUCGUACCCUGGCGAUACAAAGUUCGAUUCCCCCAAUGCACCUUUUCUGACGGAUUCUCCUGGCCAACAUGACCUCCUCGACUACGAGAUUCGAAGCAAGCGAAGGCGACGAACGUUCAGGAUCAUGACUUGCUUCCUGGUUCUCGCCGGCAUCUUGUUUGGAACUGAACUGUUGGGUCAAUACUCCCCUCGUUGGUUCAGUGGCAGCAGCUUCGUCGGAUGUCCUGGACACCGCCGCCCUCACAGCUAUCCCAUUCCGCCUGGGAUCAAGCUCGAGGAAUGCACGGACUGGAACGACCUCCCUGAUUCAGCGCGGGCGCUCAACUCGAUGUCGACCAACAUCACGCUCGACGAUCCAUCCAACCUGUUCUUCGUCUCCCGCGGUUCUCUUUCCUAUGGCAAGAUCCUCAUUACCCAGUAUGACAACCCGAGCAGGGACAGCGUAGAAGUCAAUGUGGCUGUCAGGAAUGGAUUCCAGGAAAUGUCGAAAGUCUGUAAGAUAAUCCGGGACGAUGGGGCCAAUGGCAUUGGUAUCUUUACUCCCAAUUGGGAUCGCCGUCGUCGGGCUCGGGGACCCAUCUUCGAUGUCAAGGUCGACCUUCCCAAGUCAAGCAAGAAGAAACCGCUGGUCGUCCAGUCGCUCGAGACUGACCUUCCCAUGUUCAGACAUACACUCGGCAACAUAGGAGAGCAUGUAUUCUUCAAGAACCUACUUCUAUCCUCGAUCAACGAGGCCAUCGAAACCGGGCCUUUGAGAACUGAGGUGGUCAACAUUUCAACUGUGAACGCGGGCAUUUCUGGUCGAUACUAUACCAAUUCUAGCAUCACGCUGAAGACUGUCAACGCUCCCAUCAGUGUUCUUCUAGAGAUGAUCAAUGAGAAUGUCACUCACGCUACCACUGCCGAGCUUUACACCACGAAUAGCCACAUCGAUUUCACAGCCAAUCUAACGUCCACCCAGGAAAACGAUGGUGGCGCCUUUGGAAUCGUUGCUGAAACCGCCCGAGGGCACAUCGACGCGGACAUUGUCGAAACGCCCAUCGACUCGAUCCUCACUCUUGAAGCACAGACUGCUCUCGCCAGGAUUGACGCCCGCCUUCCGACUACCUUCCAAGGGCAGUUCGACCUCGAGACGGUUUUGAGCAAGGCUUCUCUCGACUACAAGGAAGACGUCGAGGAUCCAGCUGGCAAGGGAAGGAAACGACAUCUCCAGGUGGAUUCUGUGAAACGAAACCAGAUCCAGGGCGCGACUUGGUGGUCGAACGAGAAUAAGGCCAAAGGCUCUGCUGUUCUUAAAACUUCGAUGGGAAAGGUUAACCUUCAUUUGUAA